UUCAUAUAUAAUCGAUGUGUCAUAGGUCAAACCGAUGAGAUAUCCAUUUGUAGUCUUCGUCGAGCAGUCAACGGCGCGUUCUGCGGUCGAAACGCCGAGUUUUCUUCGUUCAUCCGAUAGCAGAUUCGGACGCGAUUGGCCCAGUACACGAUAUUCAGAACCCGUAGUUUUCCCCCGUUUCAUCUCGCCUUUGCUCUUAGCAACUAUUUUCCAUAUGGGGGAAACAAAUGCGAAAAGGCGGCAUUCGGAUUUGCCGCAUUUUAAAUCUGUGACUAAGCUCUCCAGUCUUCCUAUCAUAGAAAGCGGUAUAUACAUCGCUAAUAAUGUGUAUACCAGAAUAAAGCGUUCGAAUUCUUUAAUGAAUUGGAGUUUAGAUACAGCGGAGCAGUCAUUAGCGAUUGCUACGGCAAAGGCAAGACCAGUAAUUGUUGCACUUAAUAGACCCAUUAUGACAAUUGAUCAAUUAUUGUACAAAGGUAUCGACAUCGUUGAGCAGAAAGUACCGGCAGUGCAACUUCCCCCUCAUGUUAUAUAUUUAAAUACGCGAGACUAUGUAAAUAAGAAAAUUGUUAAACCGGUUCUAAUACGUGCCGGAAAUGUUAAGCAAAUCGGUAGUCAAGCUGCCAACGCUGCUGCUGAUAGAUUGGACGGUGCGCUGACAAUUGCGGACGAAUAUAUGGAUCGUUACUUACCAGGAGAUUCAACUGAUAAAGAUUCAGCUAAUAAACAUCAAACUGAUAAAGAUGAAGUCAGUUCCAAUAAAACCAUGAGCAAAACGAUACGAACGAUUAAACAUGGCGCGAGGUUCUCGCGAAACCUACAAAGAAGAUUAACGCAACGCACUUUAGCCGAGGCGCGCGCACUCAAACAGCAAGGAACAGAGUGCGUCCAUGUUCUUAUAUAUGUCGUGGAAUUGAUAGUCACGGAUCCAAAAUUAGCUAUGCAAAAAGCAAAAGCGUUAUGGGGUUCAUUGAGUCAACCCGAGCCUGAAAAUCAGGCGCGUCCAGAAACGCUCGAACAGUUCCUCGUGCUUUUGACGCGCGAAUCCACACGGCGCAUAGUGCAUCUAGUGAAUGGUACGAUGGCAUUGGCAACGAGAACUCCAAGGCAUUUAAGUCAUCUACUUGCCCAGCUUUCUCAUCAAUUACUUGACAUCGCAAAUGCUUCAUUGCAGAUGAUACCUGCGCUUAUAGGUAAGAGCAAUACGGUAAAAGAACAAAUAUCUAUUAUACGCUCUGGUAUUGAAAAGCUGAAUUCAACUGUAAAUUUAAUGUUGGAAAAAUUUGCUACAUUUUUGGCUGGUCGCCCUAGCCCUCAAAAGACAUCACACACGCAAAACCCUGAGCAGAAUCACAACAACCACACGUCAGAGACUUCCGAUCCUCCAACAAACGGUAUCGAGUAACAAGUCUUGCCUGAAAACUGCUACGUGCGAGUUUCUUUCCCCUUCUGGUAUGGUUUUCAAUUACAAGGUCAAAGACACGAGGAUAGAAAUUGCAUCGCUGCUUAUUGAUUAGCAUAACAUCUUAUCGAUCGCGAUUAACAUUAUUUUUUAGGAUUUUGUAUUCGUGACACAACACGUAAUAAAACAACAAAAUAUAUUUUAUCAAUGGCACAAUGUACUCGUGCUAUACCCAAUUUACUUCUUAAGUUAGUCAUUAGUCAAAACUAACAUCUACGAUAAUUAAAUGUAAGUGAAGAAAUAAAGAACCGUUUUAAUUGCGACA